GUCUAGUGUAUUUGCAGUGGGUCCCUGUAUUACCUGGGUGCCUUGCCAGAACCUUGCACCAAGGGCCCCAGGUAAGUCUCUUGGUGGCAGAGACGGCUGUGCACACGCGGUGUGUGUGUAUGCUAGUAACACAAGCCUCUCUCUUUCAAGUUUCAGAUGCUUCUGGAUUGUCAAUGGUAGCGCUCUUCCAUACUGGAGCAGCAAAGAUUCCUCCAAGCUUACUGCUGAGGGUGAGGCCGGCUCUGUGCUCCCACCGCCCACGCUGUUUUCUCCAGGGGUGUGGCUCCAUCGUACGCAGGAAACUGGCGUCCCACGGCUUCGGCGCGUCCAUGGCAGCAAUGUCAUCCUUCCCUCCACAGAGAUAUCACUACUUUUUAGUGUUGGAUUUUGAGGCCACUUGUGACAAACCACAGAUCCAUCCUCAGGAAAUCAUUGAGUUCCCCAUUCUGAAGCUAAAUGGCAGGACGAUGGAGAUUGAAUCCACCUUUCACAUGUAUGUGCAGCCGAUGGUGCACCCUCAGCUUACUCCCUUCUGUACAGAGCUGACUGGAAUUAUUCAAGGCAUGGUGGAUGGGCAGCCAAGUCUCCAGCAAGUGCUUGAGAGGGUCGAUGAGUGGAUGGCGAAGGAAGGCCUCUUAGAUCCCAGCGUCAAGUCGAUUUUUGUCACCUGCGGAGACUGGGAUUUGAAAGUAAUGUUACCUGGACAAUGCCAGUACUUAGGGCUGCCGGUGGCUGAUUACUUCAAACAGUGGAUUAAUCUGAAGAAGGCUGUUCUGCUGAGCUCUGAGCACCCAAGAGAGGCCGUCCAUGAGGCCAGAGCACUCUUUGUGCAAACACUGUCCAAAAAUGGAGGCGAGUGUGAAGAGGAACACCACCUUACGGCUCCCAAAGAGGAAGAAAGCCCCAUACACAGCAGCACCCUGCCGGGACGCCAGCGGGCCUUUCAGCUAGGGCGACCGGCGUGGCAAGGCUGGGAAUCGGGUAUGGCACAGGGAUGGGAAUGGCUAAUGGGUGAGUCUCACCCUCGUGGGGUGAGGUUCACUGCUCUGGUUAGCUAGUGGGGGCUGGAGCAG